AUGUGCGGUGAACACAAGCUGCUGCUACUUGUAGUUGGAAAGAGUGGGAAGCCUCGCUGCUUUAAACAUGCACGGCUGCCGCCAAGGGAUGAGCUUAUCUACUGGCACAACAAGAAAGCCUUGGUCAUAUGCACAAUAUUUGAAGAUUACAUUCGGCAGCGUGACCACAAGUUCGCGAUCAGAGGGAGGAAUGUACUCUUCGUUGUUGAUAAUUGCCCAGCGCAUGGUGACAUCCUACACCUGAAAGCUAUCAGAAUGGUAUUUCUUAAUCCGAACACCACAUUGAUCUCGCAGCCAAUGGACCAAAGCAUCAUUCACCACAUGAGGAAGAUUUACCACCACCACCUGCUCAGAUGCAUGCUCCUUUGCUACAACCGCAAGGAGUACUCCAUGGACCUCCUUGGAGCCAUAUGUCUUGUUGUGUAUGCAUGGAAGCAAGUGGGACCCACUUUCAUCAUGCGGUGUUUUGAACAUGCUGGCUUCCCGAAGGAAAGCACGGUCAAUGAUGAUGCUGACUAUUCAUGUGCACUUGAUGAAGAAGGAGCAGAGUACUGCUACCACAUCAAUGCACUCUGCACAGAGGAUAGCGAAUCCGGUGCAGCUGGCUUCGCCGAGUAUCUGAACUUUGAAAAUAAUCAACAAAUGUGCCACUCAGACUUGGAGAGUGAAGCUACUGCUGAUGCGACCAAGUGCGAUGACAUCGACAACGACGCUAAUGAGCCCUCCCGAGCACCCGCUCUCAGGGAAGUUAUUGGAUCGCUGAACAUUAUCCGCAGUUUUGUCGAGUGUCACGGAGGAAAUUCUCAAAUGCUACACAUAGUUUGCCAACCAGCAUCUCUGAUUACUUUUAAGUAA